AUACAAGGGGGGAUGCAUGUUCCAGAAGUCUUUGGCCACCACCUUUGAUGAACAUUAAUUAAACCCCCCAUGACAUUUUGUGCAAAUCCGGCCAACAUCGCUGCCGCCAUGGAGGCCGAGGAGACGCAGGGCGGCGUGUAUCGUGUUUUGGCGGAUCGGUUUCAGAGUUUGGAGGCGAGUCACGCGAGUCUGAGAGAGCAGUUUAAUACGCUGCUCAAGGAACAGGGCGAGAGGGGGCUGACCGAAGAUGGGUCGUCAAACUCCGGCGAGGUGGCGCCGUUUUCCAGCUGGAGUUACGUCCCGGGAGUGUUCUCGCCGGGGAGUCUCCACCGGAACGUGUUGGAGUGCAUGGGUCACGCCGUUCAUGUCUGCAGAGUUGCGUCUGAAGAGAUCAUUUACUGGAAUCGAUCAGCUGAAAAACUCUAUGGAUAUAAGGAUUAUGAAGUACUUGGACGAAGGGUUACAGACCUGCUUGUCCAUGAAGAGCAUUAUGCCUCUGCAAAGAAAGUCACUGAAAGGUUGAGACAUGGUCAAUCAUGGUCAGGUCAGUUCCCUUUCAAGAAGAGGUCCGGUGAGAUAUUUAUGGCGAUGGUGACAAAGAACCCUCUGUAUGAGGAAGGUGAGCUUGUUGGUGUUAUCACUGUUUCAAGUGAUGCAGCUGUUUUUAAUAAGAUAAACUCAGGAAAACGAAGAACAUUUCAAGAUCAUGUUAAUGGCCGACCUAGAGUACGUGGAUUAGACUUGAAAAGAAUUCAGUGGCACCCACAGCCACCAAUUCCCUCGUCUGUUUCCAAUCUGGUGCUUAUGUGUUACCCAUUUAUAUUUGGGUCUCAUUUUUCUUCUUCUUCUUCUUCUUCAAUUUCCUCUUUGUUGUGGUUUGUGAAUGAGUGUGGUACACUUCAGGCCUCCAAAGUUUUGUCACGGGGACGUGCAGACAAUACAUCUGAUGCAUCCACAUUUUCUAAGGACCAAGAGGUGACAAUAGUGGAUGACAAAAACACAAAACUAGAGAAGCCACCCAAAAUGACAACAGGGAAGCUUGGUUUCAAUCUGCACAUGGGGAAGGGCGCAAGUGAUGGAGGGAGCUCUCAGAAGGAUGAAUCUGGAUUUGAAUUUGCUCAGCCCUCUAAACAUGCGGCAAGGCUAUUAUCAAAAUUGAACCUUGGGGGGGCUGGUAACCAUGGCAAAGAGAAAGAUGAGAGCCUGGGACAAUAUGGUUUGACUGAUACUCCAAUAAGCAAUAAAGUAACAGUCCAGCCAAGUUCUUCUAGAGAUGUAAAGGCAACAACUUCAUACCAUUACUCCACCAACGCAAAAUCUGAGACAGGGAAGGCGCCAUGUGCUGCUCGAAGGAAAAUUCCAAUUGUAAAUGGCUGCCAAGUGCCCUUAGGUUUUGAAGAAGUUUCUUCUAUUGAAGCCUUUUCAAGAAAGUGCAGUGAUGGUUCUGAGGCUCUCAAAGCAGCGGAUCACUUAAAUAGAUUAGGGUAUUGUCACGGUGCAAAAGACUUGGAGCUGGAUUUACAGAAUCUAAAAGCUGUGGAGCUUGAAAAUGUGGUACAGCAACAGCAAGAUCCUCAUCAGUUUCCAAGCUUAGGAGGAAGCAUAUGUAGCAGCCAUGGAAGUUCAUCAAGCAGAAGUGAUAAUGAGUCAAUUCUGCUGGUAGAUUGUGAAAUUCGCUGGGAAGACUUGCAUGUGCGGAAGGAGAUUGGGCAAGGUUCAUAUGCUGUUGUAUACCAUGGAAUUUGGAAUGGAUCGGAUGUUGCCAUAAAGGUUUAUUUUGGGAAUGAUUACAGCGAGGGAACUUUACUUGAAUACAGAAAAGAGAUUGACAUAAUGAGAAGACUGAGGCAUCCGAAUGUUUUAUUGUUCAUGGGAGCCGUUUAUUCACAGGAAAAGGGAAAGCUUGCCAUUGUUACAGAGUUCUUACCCAGGGGAAGCCUUUUCAAAACACUUCACAAGAACAAUCAAUCAUUGGACAUCAGACGGCGUCUGAGGAUGGCUCUCGAUGUUGCGAGGGGCAUGAAUUAUUUGCAUCACAGGAACCCACCAAUAGUACAUAGAGACUUGAAGUCUUCAAACCUUCUUGUCGACAAAAACUGGACCGUUAAGGUUGGAGACUUUGGCUUGUCGAGGUUGAAGAAUGCCACUUUCUUAACAACAAAAUCUGGAAGAGGAACCCCUCAGUGGAUGGCACCUGAAGUGUUGAGAAAUGACCCUUCAAACGAGAAAUCUGAUGUCUUCAGUUUCGGCGUCAUCCUGUGGGAACUAAUGACCGAAUCUAUUCCAUGGAACCACCUGAAUCCCAUACAGGUUGUUGGAGUUGUCGGCUUCAUGGACCGGAGGUUAGACCUGCCGGACAGCCUGGAUCCCGGAGUUUCAGCCAUCAUCCGAGACUGUUGGCAAAGCAACCCUGGAAAUCGUCCGUCCUUUGAGGACUUAAUCCCGAGAAUGACAGACUUAAUCCAGACAGUUGGAGCUGCCAUUAGGAGGAUCUGAGACUGAGAGCCUUCAAUAGACUCGUUGCCUCGUCGAUCUCAUUCUGGUUUAUGGUGGGUAACUUGAAGAAGCCAUAAUUGGCAGAGCUCUAGGCAUUAGAAUUCAUUCACUUGUUUUCUCUCUUUUACUUGCAUUGAUUCAUAGAACUUGCAUUUGCAUGCAUGCUUUGGUUGGUUUUUUUGGCCCCAUCUUCUCUCCACCAUCUUAUAAUCUUAAUGUUGUUCUCUGUUCAUCCAUCA